CUAAAAAAAGGUUGCUAAAAGUAGAAAGGGAUUGUUUUAUGGUUGCCGAACUCCUUUCUAUCUUGGUCUUUUCCGGCAAAAAAAUGGAAUCUUCCGUAAAAUCACAAUCUCCCUUUUUACGAAUUUUCUUUUUUCUCGCUCUAGAUCUUAUUUUCCCGCUAAAUUGAAUGUUUUCUAGGGUUUAUAAUUAUAAUUUCCAUCCCUUUUACCCAAAUCAUCAAUUUAGGGUUUCGAAUAAUGGACACAGAAAAACUCCAUGGAGGUAUUGGGUUACCACCAACUGCAACAGGAAGAUUCUCUCCAUUUUCGCCAUCCCCUUCUUCGUCUUCUCCCUCACUUCAACAGCAACCAACUCAAAAGUCGUCGUUUAGCAAUGAUUUGAGCCGAAUGCCGGAUAAUCCGCGCAAGAAUAUGGGUCAUAGAAGAGCUCAUUCAGAGAUUCUUACUCUUCCUGACGAUAUUAGUUUCGAUAGUGAUCUUGGCGUCGUCGGAGGUGGGCUUGAUGGGCCUUCAUUUUCGGAUGAAACUGAGGAGGAUUUGUUUUCGAUGUACAUUGAUAUGGAUAAGGUCAAUUCUGCUACUUCGGCUGGGUUUCAGGUGGGAGAGACGUCUUCAGGGCUGGGGUCGAAGCCCAGACAUCAACAUAGUCAAUCAAUGGAUGGUUCGACAACGAUAAAGACAGAAAUGCUUGUUUCUGGGGGUGAAGAGGCUAUUCCUGUAGAAGCCAAGAAAGCUAUGUCUGCUGCUAAGCUUGCUGAACUUGCUCUUAUUGAUCCUAAACGAGCUAAAAGAAUAUGGGCAAAUAGGCAGUCAGCUGCAAGAUCGAAGGAAAGGAAGAUGAGAUACAUUGCAGAACUAGAGCGCAAGGUUCAAACGUUGCAAACUGAAGCAACCUCUUUAGCUGCACAAUUAACCCUGCUGCAGAGAGACACAAACGGCCUUACUGCUGAAAAUAGUGAGCUGAAGCUGCGUCUGCAGACAAUGGAGCAGCAAGUUCAUUUGCAGGAUGCCCUGAAUGAAGCAUUGAAGGAUGAGAUUCAGCAUUUGAAAAUGCUUACUGGUCAAGCCAUGUCUAAUGGUGGACCCUUGAUGAAUUUUCCAGCAUCAUAUGCUAACAAUCAGCCGUUCUAUCCGAACAGUCAGGCUAUGCAUACUAUGCUAACUGCACAGCAGUUUCAACAGCUACAGAUUAAUUCACAGAAGCAACAGUAUCAACAGCACCAACUACAUCAGCUCCAACAGCAACAAUUACUGCAGCCAGAACUGACCAAACAGUCUCAGCUCUCAGGUGAUUUCAAAACAAGACCUCCAAUGCCAUUACUCAAAGAAAAUACAUCCGAACCAAAUUCUCGAGGUCCAAAGGAUUAAAGGUCAGCAAUCAUGAAGAAAUAUGAGUAAUAUGUUUAGUUGUGUAUUUCAUCAGUUUGCAACUUUUUAGUUUAUCUUGUCGCUUAUAAGUACAGGUGAAAACCUACAUGUUGUAAUGUUUACUCCGUUUGUAAGCUUCGUAUUCUGGGAUUCGUAAUGGGUCUCUUCCCAGUUUGUUGUUGUAGGCAUUAGCUGGUGUAAGAAUCAGAAUUUUACCAUGUUACCAUCUCCAAGAUGGUUCCCUCGACAUAGUGGAAUCUCGUGUUCACAUUGUUGAUUGAACUU